AUGAAAGCAAGAUCUGUGCAUUUUGAGCCUCUUGAUCACUAUGCCACACGUGUAUUUUUGAGGUCCUCAGCAUAUCAGGUUGUGUACAAACACAAACGUGAUGCCCAGGCAGCAUAUGGUUUCAUCGCGCAAAACAGUCUCCUUCAGUUCAGCAUUCAACUCCGAGUGUCCCUGCUCACGGAAAAGAAGAACUCGCUCAUUUCAUUUGUCAGGGAAUACCGAGAUCAAUUCAGAAACCUCUUUACAACAACCAAAAAACUGAUCUUGAAUCUCCAACACCCACAUUAUUACCACAGGAAUAGGCUGAAGGAUCGGCUUUCACUUUUCAACAAGGACAAGGUCUUCCUCAGGACUACUAUGGUACUGGGUAUCAUGCACAUGCUCCUUAACUUGUCUAUGGUCAACCUCGGCCAAUUGCAGGAUAUGAUCAGCAGCAAGGUUGUAAUUCUGCCACUGGUUACGGUGAUGUGGCCAACCCAGUGCAAGAGGGGCACACUGACUCCUAAGUUCAGAAAUUUGAACAUAUCUGUUAAACGAGGACUCAAUUCUUGCCCUCCAGCUGGUGAAGUUCUUGAUUUCUCAUCUGUGAGGUUCAGUGGCUCUGCUUCUACAGAUCCUACCUAUGAAUUACCAGUGAACAAUGAAGGCCUUACAGAGAAUGCUGACUUAAAUGCUGUUGCUUUUGGAGAUGUACAUUCAGCAAGGCGAACUUCAGAGGCUCCUUGGGUGCCGAGACCAACUGUUAAUUCAACUGAAACAAUCUCUAAGAUGGAAGACCCCUUUGUAGUUUUAGAAUCAACUUCAACCCCUGUGGUUUUAUCCCCAGGGGUGUUUAGUGACCCACUAGGAGAGAUUAAUAAACUCAGUAGUUCUGGAGGCAAAAAAGUUGGUGGUUCAUCUGCUGCUAAUGGGAAGAUAUUUGAUGAUGAUCCCCUGAGCGGCCUUGGAAAAUCUGUGGUUGCAUUUUCAUCUGAGAUGAAUAAAAGGGGGAAGAAUAUGAAUCUGAAAAAAAACUUGGAUUUAUCGGAUAAUGUAUGGUUAAUUAUAUCAGAAAUUCAUCUCUUUACACAACCAACAUGUGCUCCACCACCAGCAUUUGCUCCACCGCCUUCAAGACCCCCUCCUCCAAGACCAACUCUAGUUUCAAAGCCAGAAACAGGUUCUCUUGGUUCCACAAAUCCUAGAAAAAAGGCUAGCGAGUUUUGUUCCUUCCAUUAUUCCUCUCAGCAUUUCCAGAGUUGCAAGUCAGUCCCCGCUGUAGUGAGAAGCUCAGACAUGUCUCAAAUUGAUGAGUUUGAGCGUUUUAUCAUGGGUAGGACUAAAAAUAAUACUGAACAUGAGGAUGUUCUUUUUUGUGGAGAAAUGGAGACAAACUCAGCUGCUGCUGUUAUGAAGGAGGCUAUGGGUAGAGCUGAGGCUAAAUUCAGACAUGCUGAGGUAGCAAGGGAGAGUGAAAAUAAAAAUGCUGCUAGAGGUAGAGAAGAUGUGAGACUGGAGAAAGAUGAGAAAUCUAUGGAAGAUGCUCAGGAGAGAAUACUCAGAGAAAAACAGGACAGAUUAGGACAUAAGCAACAACACAGGGAAAAUGAAGAGCAAGAGAGAGAACAAUAG